AUGGACCCAACAAACUACCCUUCUGCUUACCAUCAGGAAGGGUUGGGCGCGGGUUCCGCGACUCAUCUAGAAGCGAUUGAUGCUGAAAUUGCGGCCAUUCUCGAUGAGGCUCGAACAUCAUACGCCACCCACAACCGAAAGCUCAAGGAACUGUCACUCUUCCGAGCCAAAUCCUCUUCUUCGGUCUUCUUUUCCGCCUUCUCCAGAACCCUAACUCCUCUCUUUGAUUUCCAGAGGCGCCUUGCCUCUGUUGAACGUGUCGUCUCCUUCGUCUCUGCCCUUGCUGCCUCCGCCUCCGACGAGUUCCCCGAUUGCUUCCUCAAGUUCCUCCUAGCUGCCGCUACGACAUCCAACAAAACAGUCAGAUUCCGAGCGUGCCAGAUCGUCUCCGAGAUAAUAUUGCGGCUUCCAGAUGAUGCAGAAGUGAGCAAUGAGAUAUGGGAUGAGGUGAUUGAGUGGAUGAUGGUGAGGGUACGAGACAAGAUCCCUAUGGUGCGUACUUUUGCGGUUAGAGCGCUUUCACGUUUUGUGAACGACUCUUUGAACAGUGACAUCCUUGAUUUGUACCUCGAGGUGCUCCCUUUGGAACAGAAUGCAGUGAGUGUUACAAUCAGAUCACGUCCAUUUCUUUUUGUUUCAUACUUCGGUCUAGAUCAAUUGUGUGGUUUCGUGUUCAGGAUUUUAGUAGUUUAUAGUAUAUUAGGUGCAAUUUCUAUUGAGGGUUUUAGACAAAAGCAUCAUAUUCUCUAUUGUCAUUAAUUAGCAUGGCUUUGCAUUAUACUGUAACUGCUCUACGGCCAUACCAUUAUCUCAGAGCCUGCACCUUACGGUUAUUUGGGUACACUAAAUUUUUUAUUUUUCUAUUACUUCAUUGAUUUGACUACA